GCAGCCCUUUUUGAUGCUUUUCUUGAUCUUAUGCUUCUUGGUCUUUUCUUUCUUGAAGUCAAUUGUGUAAAACUUAAACAUACUCCAAUUCCGAUGGGAGCCUUCAAACUUAAUAUGCCCAAAAUCGUAUUUCUUAAUCAUACUUCUGACGUCUUCUUCACUAUUGACUGAUUCGGGGAGUUCAACAAAUGAAAGAGUAUCCUUCAGACUUGAGUUUUGAAUCAACUCGAAGAUAUCAGCAAAUGGGAUAUCGGCCUCCUUGCCUGACCCGUACCAAAAUUCAUCUCCAUAAUUAUCAAUACAGUGGCACCCAGAAUAUAUUAGUUGCUCAACUUUGAGAUCUAAUGCCUUUGGCAAAGUUAUAUUAGUAUCCUCCAAAAUGCAAUUACUGAAAUGUAUCAAUUGCAAGUGUCUGCCGGCAAUGAAUACCUUCCUGUAAUAGCUCCUAGAGAUCUUGAAUGUGCUUAAUCAGAUUUCCUUUGUGGUUUUGCUCAUAAGUCAGAAGAUACUAGAAGCAUAUGGCUUGAAUGAUGAAUGUAAGAGCCUUGAUUGCUCGGGCGAAAAUUUAGGAAUUCGAUUUGAUGAAAAAGCUGUUGGCUGAUUCUACAGGUAAAUAUUCUGGCACCUUGCUAAAAUGCUUGCCCCAGAUGGACACUCUCUUAUGAGCAUCAAUAUUAAAUGGUAUUGAUAUUAUAUUACUAAUCUUAAAAGAGGGAAGGUUAUCCUGAAGUUGACAUAUCCCGACAAACUCGUAUUCCUGUUCCUCAAAAGAUUUAGUUUCCUCAGUAACAAACUCUUUCUUUGUCUUCCUUAUCACUGCAUCAAAUCCCAUUUGCUGUAUCUUGACUCUCUCUUCCUUCCGCUUUGAACUAUCCAUUUGCUAAUCCGUCUCACCGGCCAAUUAAUUAUAUAACCUACGCUCAUCC